UUGUUGAGCAUAAUCAAUUGAGAAUUUGUACUUUUCUCAAUACACAAACCGGCCGUUAUAUUUUUAUCUUAAUUAUUAGCUAACGCUUAUAAUAUUUGGUCAGAAAACAUAAUGGAAGAAAGUCAUAAUACUAAGUCUGUAAGUUUGAGUAUUCCUUUCUCUUCAUCGGACACAGCAUCUUUAGUACAAGAGGUUUUGGAUGUGGAUAAAGAGCUUAAAAGCAGUGGAAUCCAAAGACAAAUUAGUACUGUUGGAGUGAAUUUACAAGUAAAUGGUGACCUUAGUAAACCCACUGAAGGACCACUCGGAAGAGUCACCAUUGUUCAAAACACUCCUUAUUAA